AUGCCGACCCAAGUCCGCACUUUCACUCUUCCCAAACCUUUCGGCGAGACGCUCUCUGCCUUUCCUCCCGUGGCAAAUAUCCCCACGCCCACGGAACGGCCGGCCUCAAUACCUAGGUCCGUACCAGCCGUUCCAGACGUCCACCCUCGUCUCAACGGAGGUGGAGGAGGCGGCAGCACUCUUCCGAGGAUCAAGCCGAGUUCUAAGCCAAGCCCAAUGGCCGGCUACAACCAACAGCCGUCGGCCAACGCUGGCGGCAUCACGUUUGCACACCAGGACAAGCUUCCGAAGCUGCCUAUCCCAGAACUCGAGAAGACAUGCCAAAAAUAUUUGUCCGUUCUGCGGCCGCUGCAGACCUCCCGCGAACACGCCGAGACCCGACACGCUGUGGACGAAUUUCUCCGGAAUGAAGGCCCUGAGCUGCAAGAAAAGCUGAAAUCGUACGCCGAGGGACGUACAAGCUACAUUGAGCAAUUUUGGUAUGAUUCGUAUCUCAACUUUGACAACCCGGUCGUAUUGAACCUCAACCCGUUCUUCUUGUUGGAAGACGACCCUACGCCGGCGCGCAACAAUCAAGUGACGCGCGCGGCAUCCCUUGUCGUGUCAGCGCUCAUGUUUGUCCGUGCUGUCCGUAAGGAGGAGCUGCCGCCCGACACCGUCCGCGGCACACCACUGGAUAUGUACCAGUACUCGCGCCUCUUUGGCACAGCCCGCGUCCCCACAGAAAAUGGCUGCCAGAUUGAGCAAGACCCCGAUUCGAAGCACGUCGUAGUCAUGUGCCACGGCCAGUUCUACUGGUUUGACGUACUAGACGAGAACUCUGAUCUGAUUAUGACCGAGCGUGACCUUGCCAUCAACCUCCAGACGGUCAUCGACGACGCCACGCAGACCCCGAUCCAGGACGCUGCCAAGGGUGCUCUGGGCGUUCUAAGCACGGAGAACCGCAAGGUGUGGUCGGGACUGCGCGAUGUGCUGACCCGCGAGGAGGGCUCCAACAAUGCUGACUGCCUUGGAAUUGUUGAUUCGGCCCUGUUUGUCGUCUGUCUUGACUAUACUGAGCCGGGCUCGGCUGCCGCCCUCUGCCAGAACAUGCUGUGCGGCACCAGCGAGAUCGAAAAGGGCGUCCAGAUCGGAACCUGCACAAACCGCUGGUACGACAAGCUUCAGAUUAUUGUGUGCAAGAACGGCAGUGCAGGGAUCAACUUUGAGCACACGGGCGUCGACGGCCACACGGUCCUUCGGUUUGCCAGUGACGUUUACACGGAUACGAUUUUGCGCUUCGCUCGCUCGAUCAACGGGCAGGCGCCCUCGCUGUGGAAGUCGACGAGCCCGGACCCAUCCAAGCGCGAUCCCGAAAGCUUUGGUGACGUGGACGCCACGCCGCACAAGCUCGAAUGGGAUAUGAUCCCCGAGCUCAGUAUCGCGGUUCGCUUUGCAGAGUCUCGCCUUGCGGACCUCAUCGGCCAGAACGAAUUCGAGUGCCUCGAUUUCAGUGCGUACGGCAAGAACUUUAUGACCAGCAUGGGCUUCUCACCGGACGCCUUUGUCCAGAUGGCCUUCCAGGCGGCGUACUAUGGGCUUUAUGGCCGCGUGGAGUGCACGUACGAGCCGGCCAUGACCAAGGUGUUCUUGCACGGUCGCACAGAGGCUAUCCGCAGCGUGUCUGAAGAGUCUGUCAACUUUGUGCAGACGUUCUGGGCAGACAACCAGGCCGAAAACAAGGUCGAAGCCCUGCGCCGUGCCUGCCAGCGCCACACAACCACUACCCGCGAAUGUGCCAAGGCAGAAGGCUGCGAUCGUCACCUGUAUGCUCUCUACAGCCUAUGGCAACGCCUUGCCGACGACGAACUGAGCAGCACGACCACGGGUAUGGAUAGCACGGGAUAUGGCAGCCCGUACGGGUCCGACCGUGGCAUUAGUCCACCUCCGCAGGUUAACGGUCCUGGCACUGACGGCGAGAAGUCGACCACGAGGACGCGCGGUGACAGUAACUCGUCUCGCCAGAACAACCAACAGCACCUGCCGUCGAUCUUCUUGGACGCCGGCUGGGAGCGAUUGAACAGCACGAUCCUGUCGACUUCGAACUGCGGCAACCCGGCGCUGCGCCAAUUUGGCUUUGGCCCCGUGUCUGCCGACGGCUUUGGUAUCGGCUACAUUAUCAAGGACGACGGAAUCAGCAUUUGUGUGUCGAGCAAGCACCGCCAGACCAAGCGGUUCAUCGACACUCUGGAAAGCUACCUGCUCGAGAUCCGGCGCGUCCUGCGCAUCACGAGCCGUCGCUCGGGAUCGCAGUCCAAACAGCAGUCACGGGCCCGUGAGAUCGACCAUUUGCGCCCCCGCCCGGCCAACCGGAUCAAAUCCCGUGGCCGUCUGAUCACGGGUGGCGAGCUGAUUAGGACGACCAAGGCAGGUGGUUCCGAAUCACCCACAACCGACAGUGUGACCAUGAGCGAAGACGACGAGCUCGGUGGAUAUGGCUUCUUCGAUGCCGGUAUGCUGCUGCAGGCACUCAAGGCUCGCAACGAGAGCCUCGACACGGGCGAGCCCAAGCCAUCCGAGCUUGCCUCGAGACGGCACAAUAUUGGCAAGAAGCUCCGUCUGCACGAGUUCUGA